AUGAUGUACAUGCUCGAUAUUGGGAGCCAAUCACUCUGCUUACUCCCAAAAGAUCGCACCUUGAGUUUGGCACGCUGUGCACAACAGGCUGAGCAAUGUGCUGCAGAUAUCAAAGAGUACAGCCCUCAUCUGACGAAGUCUCGUCCAUAUCUGCAAUGGAUAUUGGCAAAAGAACAUUUUGAUCGUCAGCAAAAUCGGAGCGCAUCAUAUGGCGAACAACGGGAACUGCAUUUCGAGGGUGUCUCUGGGUUCGUGCUCAACAAGUGGUGUCUACCAGUUUACAUACCCGUGGCGACUGAAAAUCCGGGCUGGCCAUCUCCAGAUCCGAAGUUUCCACCAAACGAGCAAUUACAGUGGGCGCUUAAGACUUCCAAGGAGCUUCAAGACUAUAAGACCCAAGCUAUGGUGCUCAGAGAGCUCAUUUGUCGCGUGGAAGAUCCCCGACCAUUGUUCAAGGAGCUGGAUCAACUACAUGGGCACGACCAGGAGGACCUUGUUCAAUUAUAUGAGUCCUGUACUUCACAAUACUUGCUUGCUAUUGAUGAUAGUUCUCGUCGAGAGCUUCUCCAGAGACUUCGAGGAGCCGCUUCACACUUCGAGGCCGCUCCUAAAGACGACGUUUGUGUUGCGACCCGCUGGAAUGGUCUUAUGGUGCAGAACGCACUAGCUCGCUCUGUCUCCGACGACGCAGAGGCUAUUAAUAAGGAUGCCGAGCUAGCAGACUCAAUGCGCGAAGGUCUUCCGUAUACUCAAAAGGCACUCGACAAGCUUGCACAGGCGAUCGCUGAAGAGAAUGAAAAAGCCAAGGAACGCGCCGAUCAGAGCAAGAAAAACGGGUUCGCGGCAAAUUCCCGUUCAGGGGAACUGGGAACUGGGCCAUCUGACCAGUUAGAACAUCGUCAUUUCGGUUCUAGAUUGCUUUCUUACGAGGAGGUUCGCAAAUCUCGCGCGAGAGCAAACGAUUCGUUUAAGCAAGACGUCUUCCACCGGCUGGACAAGUUGGAGCUCGAGAUCCUGCAACACAAGAAGAAAGCCCUAGAAGAGGAGCUUCGCAGAACCAAAAUCGAGCGUGAAUUGGAACAGCUGGAAUUUCAAGAAAGGUUGAAGGCUGAGGAAGAGAAAUUUCGGAAACAGCUGCGCGAGCGUGUCUCUGAUGAUGCACCAUCUCAAGUCCUAACGGCUAUAGAGAACAAGAAGAAUGAGCAGACAUGGGAACAGCGAGUCAAAGACGGUGACAGGGCCCAAGCGAGACAACCAGUGAAAUCCACUACGGAGGAAACAAUACCUCAGACUCAUGAACCGGGGGAAAUCUACGAUGAUGGCUGGGCCGAUUUUUUCAAAGAGCCUCAGACGCCUCAUAAGUCAUACCGCUAUGCAUCCAUCCAGGAGAUUCAAGAUGAGUCAAGAGCGGUCGAGAAGCGUGGCCGAUCCCCAGCCAACCCCGGUACUACAGAGUGUGAGGUGAUCUUCACAGAGCCGGAUGAGCUUUGUCAAGGUGACGGUGUUGUUGGAGAGAGUGGAAGACCUUCAGGAGAACUUGAAGCAACGGUUUACGUAGAAGAGAAAGCGCCUUCGGAGGACGAGAGACGUGCAAGACCCCAUUCUUCGACGCGGUCGUCAAGACGGGACUCUCAGGAUUCAGGGCAUCGUCAACCCCUAAUGAUUGAGUAUGGGCACAAUAUUGAUUGA